UCGAUGGAAAGUGGUCACCAGUAGCAGCAACUAGAAACAACAACAGCACUUGACGCAACAAUAGCCGAAUGGACGAUCGUUGAUUUAUCUCUCUUUUAAGUUCCCCGUAUCAAGCUGUCAACGCUUUAUUUUAACCCCAGACGCGCAGUGGGUUGCACGCGUCUUGCAGCUCACCGAAAAAUCCAAAAAAAACGCAAAGGGAAAAUCGUAAAAAAAACUUAACCUGCAAUUAAACAAAGCAAAUAAAUAAGGCAACAAAAAUAUAUCACCCAAAUCUCGUUUCGGGGAAUUCGGAAUAUCGGUUCUUCCGGCUUUUUUUCGAUCGAUAUAAAAAGGAAACCAGCCGCAAAAUGAUAUUCGGUCGCUGGACGCGUAAACAAAUACUUACGAUGCUUGGUUUGGGAGCUGGCCUUCUGGGCGUUGUAAUUAUAAUCGGUGUUUUGAACAGCAGUGUGUCCUCGGAGAGGCUGGACUGGAAGGAUGCAGCCAGAUCCAAGUGCUACAAGACCAGUCCCAAUACCACACGCUCCACGCUGGAAUUGGUGCACAUAGUGUUCAGACAUGGCAUUCGCACUCCGGUGGAUACCUAUCCCAAAGAUCCAUAUAUAAACGAAGGCUUUAAGCCAACAGGCUGGGGACAUGUGACUAAUUCUGGAAAACGGGAACUCUUCGAAAUGGGUCGCUGGCUGAAUCGUCGCUACGGGGAUUUCAUGGGGUCCUAUUACAGGCCGGAUUUCUUGCAUGCUCAAGCCACUGCCUCACCGAGGGCCAUGAUGUCCUUGCAAACGACACUGGCCAGCAUGUUUGAGCCGCGGGGAACCCCCAUGGAGUGGAAUAAGCACCUCAACUGGCAGCCCAUUCCCAUCGUAUCGGAACCCUUGGAUGAGGAUUCGCUCCUGCUGGUUCGCACGCCCUGUCCUCGUUAUUUUGAGGCCCUCGAGGAGGUUUUUAAGCGACCAGAAGUUAUCGCCGAAACUGAAGCCUACCAGCAAAUGUUCCGCGAGUUAACAAAUCUCACUGGAAAAUCAAUUCAGAGUGCUGAGGAUAUAAACUCCCUCUAUAUAACUCUGUUGGCUGAACAGGAAUUCGGCUAUAAAUUGCCCGAAUGGUCUAAAGACUACUUUCCCGAACGGAUGCAAUUUCUGGCCGAACAGAGUUAUGUCUAUAACGCAUACACCCCCGAGAUGCAGAAGAUCAAAGGUGGACCUUUCCUCAUGAGAAUGUACAAGGAGAUGGUUGCCAAGAGAGAUGGAAGUCUGAAGCCCAAGGAUCGGGGAAUGUUUAUAUAUACAGGUCAUGACUGGACCGUGGGUAAUAUUCUCAUGGCCUUGGGUGUAUGGAAGCGUCAGAUGCCCCGCUUCGCUGUGAUGGCCAUUUUCGAGACACAUAGGAAUAGGGAAACCGGUGAAUACUAUGUGGAGAUCUUCCUCCGCAACGACGAGCAUGGCUGUUUGGAGCAGCUUCGGCUGAAAGACUGCGAUCUGCAGUGUCCCCUGAGUCGUCUGAUCGAACUGAGUGCCGAAGUUCUGCCCAACGAUCCGGCGGAGCAGAGAUGUCGACCACAUGACGACAAUUUCGUGGAGCCGCCACCGCGCAUAAUCGAUCAGAAUGGCCGUUAGCGAAAAGCCAAUUUGUGCCAAAGUGAAACUUGUGCACUCAGUAUUACAAUAGCAGCCGACGGAGAGUAGUGCGAAAAAAAGAAUAUUAUAAAUUAUAUAGUACAAUAAAAAUCCCCAAAAAAUAAA